GUCUCCCCACACUGCUGCUGGGGGACUUUUUAACCUAGGCCUGUGCCUGUGUAUGGCCUUCAAUUGAAGCUGCUUCUGCUCCGCCACUCUGCCAUUGGACUCUUGAUAGUCGUCUCCCCACACUGCUGCUGGGGGGGCUUUUUAACAUAGGCGUCUGUAUGGCCUUCAAUUUAAGCUGCUUACGCUUCGCCACUCUGCCAUGGGCCCCUGUACCGCCUCCUCUUGCUGCUGCUGCCAGGUCCAGAGUGUGUCAUGGGUCCCUGUACGGCCUCCCAUUGCUGCUGACUUCAUCGCCAGACUCUGCCAUGUGCCACUUUCAGGUCUCCUUACACUGUUGGUGGGUUCCAUUUUGUGAUAGGGUGCUG